AAGGAUCCAAAACGUCGUAAAGACUGGGAAAAAGCGCUGAGAAUCAAAAACUUUCAGGCAACCAUGCACUCCGUAUUGUGUUCAGCUCAUUUUAAAUCAGAUGAUUACUUUGGCCAAAGUAAAUAUACCAGUUAUGAGCCUAAAGCUAAAUUUUUAAAGAAAACUGCUGUGCCUUCAAUCUUCUCUUUCACUAAAACAAAAUUAGAGACAACACUCGCAAAACAGCGUCAAGAACGUUUAGAAAAAAGGUGUCGGAAGAAAUUAAUGCUUGAAGAACCUACUUGCUCUAAAGAUUAUUGUGAAAUAUCCACGAAAAAUAAUGAAAUAUUUCUAUCCACAGACAUAGCAUAUAGUAAUGAAGUGGAGUUAAAAUCAAAGAAUGAGGAGAUAUCUUUACCAUUAGCUGAAUGUGUAUUUUAUUCAAAGGGAACACAAGUUGAUAAUGAACACAUGUUUGGGAUAAUCAAUAGAUAUAAAAAUGAUGACAGGGCAAUUCAAUUUUACACUGGAUUUGAAUCAUAUAGGAAGUUCUAUUUUGUGUAUUCUACUUUAAGUCCAGUAGCUGACAAAAUAAAUUAUUAUGGAAGCAAAGUCCUUAGUCUCAGUACAGAAGACCAAUUAUUUUUAACAUUAAUUAAACUAAGACAAAAUAAAUGUAUAUUUGAAUUAAGUAGAUUUUUUAAUAUAAGUACCACAACAGCAUCAAAUAUCUUUAUAACAUGGGUUAAUUUUAUAUAUCAACUUUGGUCAAAAAUCAAUAUAUGGCCAGAUAAGGAUCUGGUACAAUAUUAUAUGCCAGACAAUUUUAAAAAGUACAAUAGAAAUGUGAGGGUAAUUCUAGAUGGCACUGAAAUUCAAGUUCAGAAACCCAAACAUCCUACUGGGGCCUUAUUCUCUAUCCCGCACGUUAUUUUGACAGUGCGUAACAAGCACGUAACACAACGCAUCAUGUUUAGUACUAUAGAAAUUUGGCUUACAGAAUACCAUUCCACGCACAUUUCUCGAAGAUAACAUGACACGGCCGCGUUACGCGUUUACACUAUC